AUGGCAUCGACUGGCGCAAUCGAUGUCUACGACACCAUCCUCAGGUUCGGAGAUUACUAUCAAAGGAGGUACUUCCUAGAGACGAACUCAAUGAAACCUGUGCAUAAGACGCUCAGCGCAGAAGACGUUGCCUAUUAUCAGCAGAUACUAGAUAGCCCCGACCUCUCAGCAGUUUUCGAGAAGAAUCUCCAUCUCGAUCUCGGCUUUUUUUACGGUGUGCGGGAUCAGAUUCAAUCCAUUUUGCGAGUCUGGGAUGCCGUUCUCACGGAGAAGGUCCGCUACGACGCAGAAGGCUGGCCUUCCACAAACAGACAAUUCAUCAAGUCUUUUUUUUUAUGUCUAUACACGGUUCCUGCACAGAUAAAGAUCGGCUAUUUUGGCCCGUCUAUGCAACAUAAUGCGGGCACAUAUAGUUACCCCGAGGGUCUGCCGAUAAUCCUCAGUGAGGAGGAUGCUCCCCUCGAAAACGACGUCGAGUCGGGGAGCGCCUCAUCUUUCGGCGCAUUCGUGGAGGCAAACUUUCCUGCUGAUCAUACGAACGGAGAGGGGCCGGAAGUUCAUGAGAGCCAAGCCUCGGAUUUCUACCGUGAUGCAACUUAUGGUGCUCGCGCCCUAUCCCCACUGUCCGGAAAGCACGAUGUUAUUUCCGUUUCGAGUGAUGACAGCGAGGACAGCGUUGGGGGGGCCAGCCUCGAUCCUUAUGCCCGUGGCCCAUUGGCAGAAACAAUCCAGCCUGAUAACCUUGCAUGGGGCGGAGGCAUGGCCACGUUGGACCCUCGGGAGCUGGUAUUCGGUGAUAUGGGCGGGCUAGAAGAGGAAGUCUUCGAACCUGGAUUCCACUUCCAUAAUUCACUGCCACAGUUGGAGGCCAGCGCACUGCAAGGGUCGUCUAUAACCAAUAACAGAGAUACGCAACCGCUGUUGCAUGACGCAUCAAAGCGCUGGGAACAUGGAGGAGGACAAAGGGGCCGAGUGUCCAAGCGAAUUGCAGUUCCGAGGAAGCGGAAACUUGCAGAGCUCGACAGUCCUCAAGAAUGCCGCAGAGCUAUGCCCUCUGCGAUGCAUCGGAACAUUGCCAAGGGGCGGGCUCGUCGCGAUCGUCAGUCGGAAGCCUCUCCCGAAUAA